AUGAUACUGAACUCGUCAUCUCUGAGCCUUCUAUUGAACGACUCCUCUGCCUCAUCCACUUCCUCGUCCUGUCGUCUGCGGGAGCAUUUCAGUCUGAAUGGGAUGUACCAGAAGGGUGAUGUGAUUCUGGGAGGUCUGUUUGAGGUCCACUACUUCACUGUGUUCCCUGAGCUGUCUUUCACAUCAGAACCCCAGCAGCUCUACUGUGAGGGUUUUGACAGUUUUGGUUUCCAGCAGGCCCAGACUAUGGCGUUUGCAGUAGAUGAAAUCAACAGAGACCCUGACCUUCUGCCCAACAUCAAGCUCGGAUACCAGCUCUACGACAACUGCCUGAAGCUGGGAGUAUCGUUCCGUGCUGCCAUGUCAUUGGCCAGUGGGACAGAGGAAGAGUUCCUAUUGGAUGAGACUUGUUCUGGGUCACCCCCGGUGCUAGGGAUUGUGGGAGACCCAGGGUCCACACACUCAAUCGCCAUCUCCAGUGUCCUAGGGCUGUUCCGGGUUCCCAUGGUGAGUCAUUACGCCACGUGUUCCUGUCUGAGCGACCGGGGAAAAUACCCAUCCUUCUUCAGAACCAUCCCCAGUGAUGCCUUCCAGGUGCGAGCCAUGAUCCAGAUCCUACGUCGGUUGGGUUGGACCUGGGUGGGACUUCUGUUCAGUGACGAUGACUACGGAUUUCAUGCUGCCCGGUCCUUCCACUCAAGCCUGGCCGAGUCAGGGGGCUGUGUGGCCUAUUCCCAGGUCCUGCCCAAAGACAACCGCCCCACAGAGCUGCAGAGGAUUGUGGGAGAGAUCAAGAGCUCCUCUGCUCGUGUGGUGGUGGUGUUCUCCAACGAGGCCUACCUGCUCCCUCUGGUGGAUGAGGUGGUGUUGCAGAAUGUGAAGGGCCUCCAGUGGAUCGCCAGUGAAGCCUGGACCUCCUCCUCUGUGUUUCACACCCCCCGUCUCAUGCCCUACCUGGGGGGUACCCUGGGUAUUGCCAUCCGUCGUGGAGAGAUUCCCGGCCUCAGGGACUUCCUGCUUAGCAUCCGCCCCAACGACCAACCUGACAAUAACCCUGGAAACAACAUGGUGAGACAGUUCUGGGAGGCUGUGUUUGGGUGCAGGUUGGAGCCCCCAGCAGGUUGGGUGGAGGCUGGGGGUGAUGUAUGUACAGGUCAGGAGGACCUGAGGGAUGUGGAGACCAACUAUGGGGAUGUGUCUGAGCUCAGGCCGGAGUAUAACGUGUAUAAGGCAGUGUACGCCCUGGCCCAUGCCCUACAUGACCUUCUGCAGUGUGUGCCAGGGAGAGGACCUUUCAGUGGGAACCGCUGUGCCAGCCUAGAGAGACUGGAGCACUGGCAGCUGGUCUAUUACCUGGCGAGGGUUAACUUCACCACAGGGUUUGGCGAUCGCGUUUCUUUCGAUGACAACGGGGACGCCUUGGCCAUCUAUGAUAUCAUGAACUGGGCGUGGCUCCAGGACGGGAGCGUGCAGGUGGAGAAUGUGGGUGUGAUCGACGAAUCAGCCCCAGCAGGACAAGAGCUCACACUGGACGAGGACAGAAUUUUCUGGAACUUUGAGUCAAAAAAGCCUCCACGAUCAGUGUGCAGUGAGAGCUGUCCCCCAGGCACCCGUGUAGCCAGGAAGAAGGGGGAGCCUGUCUGCUGCUUCGACUGCAUCUCCUGUGCUGAGGGAGAGGUCAGCAACACCACAGACUCGGCCGAGUGCUCGAGAUGUCCAGAGGACUUCUGGUCCAGCCCGGAGCGUGACCUCUGCAUCCCUAAGGGGGUUGAGUUCCUCUCCUACCAGGAAUCCCUGGGCAUCUCCUUGAUGACCGCCUCGUUGCUAGGAGCCCUCAUCUGUGCAGUGGUCCUCGGAAUCUUCACCCGCUACCGGAACACACCUGUUGUCAAGGCCAACAACUCUGAGCUCAGCUUCCUGCUUCUGCUUUCACUCAAACUCUGCUUCCUGUGCUCGCUGCUGUUCAUUGGCCGGCCCCGGCUGUGGACGUGUCAGCUGAGGCAUGCAGCAUUUGGUAUCAGCUUUGUUCUCUGUGUCUCCUGUAUACUGGUGAAGACAAUGGUGGUGCUGGCUGUGUUCAGGACCUCUAAGCCCGGGGGCAAUGCCAGCCUGAAGUGGUUUGGUGCUGGGCAGCAGAGAGGAACAGUCCUGGUUCUCACCUCAUUCCAGGCUGCUAUCUGCACAGCCUGGCUGGUUUCAGCCUCUCCAACUCCACACAAAAACACACGCUACCAUAUUGAUAAGAUUGUAUAUGAGUGUGUGGUGGGGUCGGUAGCAGGGUUCGGAGCGUUGUUAGGCUACAUUGGCCUCCUGGCGUUCCUUAGCUUCCUCUUGGCUUUCCUGGCCAGGAAUCUUCCAGACAACUUCAACGAGGCCAAGUUCAUCACCUUCAGCAUGCUGAUCUUCUGUGCUGUGUGGAUCUCUUUCGUCCCUGCCUACAUCAGCUCUCCUGGGAAGUAUGCAGACGCUGUGGAGAUAUUCGCCAUCUUAGCAUCCAGCUUUGGCCUCCUGGUGUCUCUGUUCGGCCCAAAGUGUUACAUCAUCCUGCUGAGGCCAGAGAGGAACACCAAGAAGGCUCUGAUGGGCCGGGCCUCAACCAAGACAUAG